UCCUGCUCAGUUCCCUGACACCACGUGACGGGUUCUGUUUGAAGUGGGAACGUAAAGAUGGUUGCCACUAUAACCGAGGCAAAUCUGAACGGUUUCGGUGGUUUCUCGUUUUUAUGUCCAAUGUUUCCUUUAAAAAACAUCCGUCAAUUAACAUGUUUGUUUGUGUCGCUUUGUGUUUUAAUGAGCCAGUCGUUGGCGGACGAACAGGAGUUUAUUGAAGACUUUCUGAAACGGGAAUAUUCUCUGGUGAAGCCGUACCGCGGGUUGGGUUUCUCUAGUUCGUCUCAAUGGGAUCUGAUGGGCACUGCCAUGGUUACACCUGACCACGUGAGGCUGACCCCAGACCUGCAGAGCAGACAGGGGGCAGUGUGGAGUCGAAUUCCACUCUCCGUGCGGGAUUGGGAGCUAAAGGUGCAAUUUAAAAUCCACGGCCAGGGAAAGAAGAACCUGAACGGGGACGGCAUGGCUAUCUGGUUAACCAAAGAUCGCAUGCAGGACGGCGCCGUGUUCGGCAGCAUGAACCAGUUCACCGGACUCGGUGUAUUCGUGGACACUUAUCCCAACGCCGAAAAGAACCUCGACAAGACUCAGUCUGGAACUCAGAGAACGUUCCCGUACGUGUCGGUGAUGCUGGGGAAUGGGACUCUGUCUUACGACCACGACUACGACGGGCGGCCCACCGAGCUCGGGGGAUGCACGGCCAUGACCCGCAACGCCGUCCACGACACCUUUCUCCUCCUCAGAUACGCCAAAAGCCGGCUCACGCUCAUGGUGGACGUAGACGGCAAGCAGGAAUGGAAGGACUGCGCCGACGUCACAGGACUGCGGCUCCCUUCGGGCUACUUCUUCGGAGCCUCCUCGGUGACUGGAGACCUGUCGGAUAACCACGACAUCAUCUCUAUGAAGCUGUACCAGCUGACCGUAGAAAGAACUCCAGAGGAGGAGGAUGAAGAGGAGGAGGUCACCGUACCGCGAGUUGACAACAUGGAGCAGUUCCAAGUGGAGGUCCAGGAGGAAGGGAUGAGCGGCGUGCAGCUGGUCGUCACACUCCUCUUCUCCGCCAUGGGCCUGGGCGUGCUCGCCGUGGUCGGGCUCAGCGUUUACGGCCGCUGGAAGGAGAACCGACGCAAGCGCUUCUACUGACGAGAGAGCGGCUUCUACCUACAUUGGUUUUAUUUUAGUCUUUUAGAAUGUUUUUCUUUAUCAGCAUCUAUCACAGCAAUUGCAAAGACUGUCGUAGCAUCACUGAGCCGUACAAUUCAACGGAAAACCUUGCGGCUCUGAAGCCCGGAGCCACAAGAACACGAUCGGCUGAGAUGAAUAGAUGAGCCAUGCCUGUGAGUGAGUGAGCGAAUGAGAGAGAGAGAGAGAGAGAGAGAGAGUGUGUGUUAGACGCGACAAAGCUGCUCAAAUGUGAUUUCUUUUUGUUCAUCGUCUGAAAGCACAAAGAUCCGCCCCAACGGACAGAGACGGAAGCAGAAGAGCCUCUGAGGUGACUCCCAGGUCUGAGCUCCUCCUCCACGUCCUGUUGGGUCACAAAGUGGUUUGGUUUGUUUCCUCUCUGGAGUCGCUGCUGUGAUAAGUUGAUGUAAAGGGUUAAGCAACAUUUCUUAGCAACAGUUUUUUGUUUUUUUUGUCGCACUGAAUCCAACCUAUUAAUGUGGAAACACCUUGUUCCUUUGUGGUCAUGUGACCUCUCUGCUCUAUCAAACAUCAGCGGAACGUAGCCGAGCAGAAGUACGAUGAUGCGUUGGGGUGUGAUGCUCACACGGCACCAGCAGGGACCACUGGAUGCAUCCAUUGCUAGACGGACUCGCGUCAUCAUCCCGGUGGGCGUCACCCCAGCAGAGCGCUCCACUGACCUCCAUAAAGGCGUAAAGGUUGUGCACACAGCCACAGUUUUGUCGUGAAAUAUCUGAGUGCAAACUACUGGGGAGGUUUUUUUUAUACUAAGUCAAGAUGCUCUCUACUGUGUCGAAUGCUUUGAUGCAGUCAAUAAUCCUGCCAUCUGUUUCAUUUCAUGUAGUUUGUUAUUUAAAUCAAAAACCACUUUCCUGAAAAAAAUGUGAGUAAACAGCUGUUCUGAUCAA